AUGAACGACGCUACCACCACGGCGGCGUCACCGCCACUAGCCACCACUAUCGGCGCCCCGCGAGCAGCGCCCAUCGCCCCCAAUAGCGCUCACCAAGCCAACGGCACCCCCGACUCGCACGGCCCUAGCCUAGGCCGCCACGACCCCGACGCCUCCACCUCGACCGCCCACCAAUCCUCGUCGUCGUCUCAAUCUUCAAACUCGCCCCACGACUUGAUUUUCUUGCUCAGCAUCACCCGCAAGCUCGACGCCAUCGUCGACGGCGCCAGCGACGACGGCGCCGCCCUGGUCAACGACGCCUUUCUCAUCGGCUACACCCACUUGGUCAAUGCCACCACUACUUACCCAGUAUUCGACAAGAUAAUGACCGAUUUGGUCAACUAUCUCCACCUGUACAACCAGCACAAGGAACUGGUGAUCCCCGUGAAAGUGGGGCUUAUCUGCGGCGUGUGUCUGCUUGGCUUUGUCAUCAACCACCAGUGGGAGCGGCUGGUGGAGCUCUUCGCCAAACUGUGGCGUCUCCUCGUCGACCAGACGGUGCCCAACUAUAACGUGAGCAAUAACCUUUUGGACCAGAUCGAUAUCCUCACCAACUUGUUUGUGUUGGCCUACGUUUACCUAGACCAUAAUAUCAGCGCCAGGGGAGACGUGGGAGUGCUGCAGCAGGUGCUCUUGGACUAUCUCGACGAUAUCCUGGCGAUCAUCGUCCAGAACCUUGGCGACGACCUGACCCUCGUCGAUUUGAACCUCGAGUUGUUCUGGGGGAUAUACAUGCUUCUCUCGCAGAACUUGGUGCUGCUGCCGCCUAAAUGCUAUGGGUUUGUCCUCGAUAAGCCUGUAGUGAGAGGGUGGCACUCGCUCACGGAUAUCAUGACCCAGCUGCUGCGGCUGUGUCUCACACCCCCGCCGCCCCUGGCGAAACCGGCCCCUGACGACUACUGGCGGCUGAUCGUGGUGUUGACGUUGAAAAACGAGUUGAAGAAGUUCGCGCUGUCCGAGGACUACGCCAUCUUCCAGCUGAAGAACUCUCUCCACAACCUGAUCAUCCUUAUUAAUAAGAGCUUUAGCGUCGGCUGGGAAGGCGUGCCGGAGGGGGCAGCGCUGCUGGGGGUGCUGCCGCGGCUGCUGAUUCUGCACCACCCGUUGGAGCUGAGGCUGGGGCCAAAACUCUUCGCUUUAUUCAAGAAAAACUGCAUCAUCAACGCCCCACCAAAGUUCCACGAGUUGCUCAACAACUACCUCUUGGUACCAGCAAGAUUUUACCAUUGGGAGCUUUUUGCCGUCACUUUGAAUGAGAUUAAUAUCGAUUUUCCCAUCCACCCCCACUUGGGAGCAGCGCUCGCCCACCCGGAACUGCUGGCGCAACAGCUCCACUGCCUGUUGUACCAGUUCUUCAACUUCCGCCAGCACGCCGUCGACAUCAACAACAACUUGCUGAUCAUCUCAUUUCCGAUAAUCUUCCUCGCCAAUUUUGUGAAUUUGGGCCUCUUCUCCCUCGCCCACUACCACCACAACCAGCUUUUGCGGGUCAACGUCGUCAUCUUCGAGUGGUACGUGGUGCUGAUCAAGAUCCUCUUGUUCAUGUGGCAGGAGCCGGCGGUGUUCGACGACAACUACAUAUUGCAGCUGCUCGUGUACUUGUUGCUCGACAACAAGCAGCCAUUGCUCUCCCGGAUCGGCGCCGCCACGCCGCUGGCGCUGGCGCCAGCGGCCUCGGCCGCCCACGAACCGUUCCAAUUUAACCACAAAUGGUUCUGCGUGCUUAAAUUGAAAUUGGACGCCGUUUUCGAUACUUGGCUUGAAUUUGCUCAAGUAGCCGUCGACGGCCAGGCGGUGGUAGCGCUUAAACGAGCCGUCCACGCCGCUGUGGAUAACUUAGUGGCGCUGGAAAUGGCCCGCCAGGCUCCCCCCGAAUGGCGGGUCCCGUCGUCGUCGUCCACUCACGCCCAAACCGCUGCUAACAACCAAAACGCGCCUCACCUCCUGUUGACUCACCUUACCGACCGCAGACUGAACCUGAUCACGUUGGGGAUGCUCCAACACCAGCCGUUAGGCGCUAAUGGCGCUAACGGCACUGGCGCUGGCGACAACUCGCCGCUCUUAACCAACUCCGGUGCCGCCUACAACUCGUUCGUGCGCCAGGGGAGCGCCCUGCUGCUGUCGCUGCGCCACAGCCUGACAGUGGGGUUGCCCCAGCUGAGGCUCCUGCUGCUGCUGCUGUAUCUGAACUACACGCCCCUGCUCAUGCCGGUGGCCCCUGGCAGGGACUUGGUGUUACCGCCGAUCCUUCCCAAGACCACCAACGAGUCCAAGGAGAUGAAACCGUUGAUCCCCGGCCGGAGAUAG